CUCUAGGUUAUAAUUAUUCUCUAUUGUUUGUGACUUUGUGUGCUUUGUGUUUGACGGUUUGCCGUGUUCAAUUAUGAGACUCGCUAGUUGUCCUCGGUAGAAAAAAAAUAAUAAAAAUAAAAAAAUGUUCAACAGCGAGGAUUCCGGCUGCGUCGAUCCUCUAUACUCGAAAGUGCAGAGGUUUUUCGUAAAAAGCACAUCGUCCGAGGAAAGAUCCAGGGAUUUGAGGAUUGUCGUGGAUUUCGCUUCGAGUUUCAGCAAAGUGUCGAAGCAAGUUUUGAACGUUCAGGUCUCGGACGACGAGGACCCUUUUUUCUUCUACUCCCUCGUUUUGACCGAGGACGACUACCAGAGGUUGAAAUCCCUGCAAGGCCUGCUGGUCGAUUUUGACAAUUUCCCAUCGCAGGUGAUAAGAUUGCUCGAGCAAUGCAGCCAAGAGGAAGGACACGAUUCCAAAUUUCAUCUUAUCCUAGAAGAAGAAAGGAAAGACAAUCUGCACACUUAUUUAAAAAUUGUCGAAGCCAACAACUUCAAACACCUAUGCCACCUUACGCUGCAGAUCCAGCCCGGGAACGACAGCGACAUCAAGAAUCUCAUGUUGAAAAAGAUCAAACACCUUAAAGAUCACAAUUCUAAAGCUGAAAAACUGAUCAGUAGUUUAGAAUCGCAACUGCAGCACAAGUCGAAGCAACUCCAGUCCACGGAGGAAAAGCUCCACCAAGUCCAGGAACAGUGGAGAGAGGAUAAGAUCGCCUUUAAAGCCGAAUCGACCAAGGAGAUUACAGAAGAGACGGAGAAGUUCAGAAAAAGUCAACUCGACUGGCAGAUAAGGUCGCAGAGGGAAAAGGCAGAAAUCGAAGAGAAGUAUCAAACGAUGGUUAAAGACCGAGACGCCGAUUUAUCCAGGCUGAGGUUGGAAAACCAGAUCUUACUGGAAAAACGAGGCACUUCCGAUUUGACGAUAUCCGACCAGGCGAGAAGGUUGGAACAACUCGAGAAAGAACUCAUUACUAUAAGAAAUGAUCUCUCUUCGACUAGAAAACACGCCACUAAGCAAGAAAGUGAAAACCACGAGCGUGAGAAAGUAAUCCAUACUUUAAAAACAAAAAUUGCCGUCUUGGAGCAAGAGUUGAAAGACAAAACUAUUCUAAUGUCAAAACAGCAAGAACUUCUCAACGUCGCCAACGACCAGAAAACCCGCUUAGAAGAUGUUAUUACAGAAAAAGAUAAAAAUAUACAAAGAAAGCAGUUAUCUUUGCAAAAUUUAUCAGAUGAGUUAGUCAAGGCGAAUGAAAUUAUAACAAAAAUGCAGAAAGAGUUAGCAGUGAUAAAUUCAAAAAUGCAAAUGAGGACUACAAUCGCUCUCGAACAGGAAAAAGUCGUAGAAUCGCAUUUAAAAACAAUCACGAGGCUUGAAGAAGCGAAUAAAAAUUUAGAAAAAAAGAUAACAUCGAACACAGAAACUGAGUUGUCUCUGAAAACGACUAUAUCUGAAUUAAGAGAUUUAAUAGAAACAAAAGAGAAAAAGAUUAAAGACAACGAGAGAAUAAUAGAUUGGUUGAAUAGAAGGUUGACAGAACAGUCCAAGCCGUUGAGUACAAGCCCAGGGACCACGUCCACUCCUUACUCUAGGUUCGGUACGGAAACGACAAUUCCACGAGUGCCUUUUACUUCCAGGGCGCCUGCUGUGACUCCAAUCGCUUCAGUCGGUUCGACCCAGUUACAACCCCCGACUCCAAGCAUAUCACACCUCGACCAACACCAAACCCCUAUAAUUCCGGAAGAAAGUGAAAACACUACGCCCAAUCUAACAGGAAAUGGAGAGAUUAAAGAAAAAGAGGAGAAGAAAAAUACGGAACAGAAGCCUAUUAAGAAGCAGCCAAAGAAGCCGGCCAUCGGAUUCAGGAGGGUUCCAUUAGGCCAGCCGUCGACUGUACCUUCUUCAUAUUUUUUAAAAUAAUAAUUUUCAGAUUUUUUAAAUAUUUUUAUACCUGUUCAGAAUUAUAAAGAAAAA